AUGGAGAAUGGAGAUUUUCCACUAGAGGUUGAGGCGCGGUGGUCGGCGGUCCUAUCUCCGACGAUUCUGGUUACCGAAGGAGCCGGUUUCAUUGGCUCUCACACUGUGGUUCAGCUUCUCAAUGAAGGCUUUAGGGUUUCGAUCAUCGACAAUCUUGAUAAUUCCGUCUCCGAAGCUGUUGAUAGGGUUCGUGAUUUGUUCGGCCCUAAGCGUUCUCAGAAUCUUGAAUUCCACCUGGGUGAUCUUAGGAAUAAGGACUUGGAGAAGCUCUUUUCUCAAACACAAUUUGAUGCUUUGAUCCAUUUUGCUGGCCUAAAAGCUGUUGGGGAGAGUGUUGCAAGCCUUAGCCGUUAUUUUGAUAACAAUUUGAUUGGCACUAUUAAUCUUUAUGAGGUUAUGGCAAAAUAUGAUUGCAAAAAGAUGGUUUUCUCAUCUUCUGCAACAGUUUAUGGUCAACCUGAAAAAAUGCCCUGUGUUGAGGAUUUCGAAUUGAAAGCUAUGAAUCCUUAUGGAAGGACCAAGUCUUUGCUUCCAGAUUAUCAGCGGCUUUCUCAUAGGUUGAAUACUUCAAAGCUUAUGAAAAUAGAGGUGAGUUCCUACACUUGAUUGUAUUUAAUAAUUUUGGAGAAACUCUAGUCUUGGUAACCUGCUACAUGAUGUGCCUUGUGAGUGGUGGCUAUGUCAAGUUGUGUACCUAUUUUGAUGAAAUUCGCUAUGAAUUCUUAUACUCAGCUCUGCUUUUCUGUUUUUGGCAUAAUGUUGCUUCUUGGAUUUUCGUUUCUCUGCCAUUCUUUUUCCUCUUAUUAUAAAGUACUUUAACCAAUGGAUAGGCAGAAUAUUUCCAAAAUAAACUGGUGGACACAAUGCAUUUUAUGGAGAUUCUAAUUUAAGACACUGUUGAAAAGGAUACCUUCUUCUGCAAGCUUCCAAAUUUAGUAGAGCAGCUUCCUCAUCCAAUUGUCCUGAAAAAGUUAGUUCCAUUAUUAGCUUCUGCACUUGAAUUUGGUUCAGCUGCUGCCCCUGCUUUGGCUGCCUUGUUGAAAAUGGGUUCUUGGCUUUCGACAGAAGAAUUCAGUUCCAAGGAGAUCAUGGGAGUUUACAGCAAAAAUGGUAUGAUCAGCUAUGCUGCAUACCGAAAGAUUUUUCCUAUGAGAAUAUUGUUGUCGAGUGUUGCAGGCACCCUAAAUAAUGUUACUUUUACCUUCUUUGGGGGUGUUUUUUUUUUUUUUUUUUUUUUUUUUUUUUAAUUAUU